UCUCUUAAAAAAGUUUUGCUGUUUUGCACAGAACCUUAAUAUAUUUUGUAAAGUGGAUGAGUGGUUCAGUAAAGUACUAAUUAAGUCUGUUUACAGUUGUGUUAGCUGCAGCAAGAGAAGUAGAUAUUUCAUAUAACUAAAUUAAGAAGGUUUAAAAAAAUCUUGAGGUGUAACCCACCAUUUAACAGAUGCGUAUGGAGUUUAGCCUUCUCUUCAUUUAACAAAGUGACUUCUUUUUUUUAAAAGUUUUUAUCUUCUCAGAGAGCCUUUAUUGGACUACUAGUCCCUAGCUCUGCCUAGUUACUCUGUUCUACCUUGAACGCUUGUGAGGAGAAAGGAGCAAGAAAAGGCCUCUGGACCUUAUGGCAGUAUUUUUUUCCCCACUGCCUUGUUCUAAGUUUCAGUAACUCCAGUGUCCAUUAAAAGUUAUAAUGUUACAAGUCUAAGAGCUCAGGACAAGUGCAGCAGAAAUACCUGCAACAUGGUGACUGGAAUCCUAAGGACCUUGCAAUAUGAAUAAUUCUCUGGAGAACACCAUUUCCUUUGAAGAAUACAUCCGUGUGAAAGCACGAACAAUCCCUCAGCACAGGAUGAAGGAGUUUCUUGACUCUCUUGCUUCCAAGGGGCCUGAAGCUCUCCAGGAGUUCCAGCAGACAGCCACCACCACCAUGGUAUAUCAACAAGGUGGAAACUGCAUUUACACGGACAGCACAGAGGUGGCCGGAUCUUUGCUUGAGCUUGCGUGUCCCGUUACAACCAGUGUCCAGCAACAAACGCAGCAAGAGCAACAGAUACAGGUUCAGCAGCCACAGCAGGUCCAGGUACAAGUCCAGGUCCAGCAGUCCCCGCAACAGGUCUCUGCCCAGCAGCUCUCUCCCCAGCUCACUGUCCACCAAGCCUCAGAGCAGCCAAUACAGGUCCAAGUUCAGAUCCAAGGCCAGGCACAGCAGCAGGCAUCCCAGACAAUACAGGGUCAGUCUCUUCAGAGCCCGAGCCCAUCUCAGCUGCAAGCAGCUCAAAUCCAGGUGCAGCAUGUACAGACUGCCCAGCAGAUCCAGGCCACUGAGAUCCAGGAGGAACACAUACAGCACCAGCAGAUCCAGGCCCAGCUUGUGUCUGGACAGGCCAUUGCUGGUAGCCAACAGAUCCAGAUCCAGACAGUUGGGGCACUGUCCCCUCCACCUUCUCAGCAGGGCUCACCACGGGAAGGUGAACGGCGGAUCAGCACCGCUAGUGUCCUUCAGCCAGUGAAGAAGCGUAAAGUAGAUAUGCCUAUUACUGUGUCAUAUGCUAUUUCAGGGCAGCCAGUUGCCACAGUGUUGGCCAUUCCUCAAGGCCAGCAGCAGAGUUAUGUAUCUUUAAGGCCGGACUUAUUAACAGUGGACAGUGCUCACCUAUACAGUGCCACUGGGACCAUUACUAGCCCCACUGGAGAGACUUGGACCAUCCCUGUUUACUCAGCUCAGCCACGUGGUGACCUUCAGCAGCAAAAUAUAACCCACAUCGCCAUCCCCCAGGAGGCCUACAAUGCUGUCCACGUCAGUGGCUCGCCAACAACACUGGCUGCUGUGAAGCUGGAGGAUGACAAGGAUAAGAUGGUGGGAGGUGCAUCUGUAGUGAAAAACUCACAGGAGGAAGUGGUGCAAACUAUCGCUAACUCGCUCUUUCCAGCACAGUUCAUGAAUGGCAACAUCCACAUUCCAGUGGCAGUGCAGGCUGUGGCAGGGACAUACCAGAAUACAGCUCAGACGGUGCACAUAUGGGACCCGCAGCAGCAACAGCAGCCCACAGCCCAAGAGCAGGGGCAGCAGCAGCAGCUCCAAGUGGCUUGUUCUGCUCAAACUGUUCAGGUAGCUGAAGUGGAGCCACAGCCACAGCCUCAGCCUUCUCCUGAACUCUUGCUUCCGAACUCUCUGAAGCCAGAAGAAGGGCUCGAAGUGUGGAAAAGCUGGGCACAGACCAAGAAUGCAGAGCUGGAAAAGGAGUCUCAGAACAGGCUAGCCCCUAUUGGCAGACGCCAGCUGCUGAGAUUCCAGGAAGAUCUCAUCUCCUCUGCUGUGGCUGAGUUGAAUUAUGGGCUAUGCUUGAUGACACGAGAAGCUCGCAAUGGUGAAGGCGAACCAUACGAUCCAGAUGUACUCUACUAUAUCUUCCUGUGUAUUCAGAAGUAUCUCUUUGAAAACGGACGAGUAGAUGACAUUUUCUCAGAUCUCUAUUAUAUACGGUUUACUGAGUGGUUACAUGAAGUUCUCAAGGAUGUACAGCCCCGGGUCACCCCUCUUGGUUAUGUCCUCCCCAGCCAUGUAACAGAAGAGAUGUUGUGGGAGUGCAAGCAACUGGGAGCUCACUCCCCUUCCACCUUACUCACUACGCUGAUGUUUUUUAACACAAAGUACUUCCUGUUGAAAACAGUAGACCAGCACAUGAAGUUGGCCUUCUCCAAGGUCUUGAGGCAGACCAAGAAGAACCCUUCCAAUCCCAAGGAUAAGAGCACGAGUAUCCGGUAUCUGAAGGCACUUGGUAUACACCAGACAGGCCAGAAAGUUACAGAUGACAUGUAUGCAGAGCAGACUGAGAAUCCAGAGAACCCCCUGCGGUGCCCCAUAAAGCUCUAUGACUUCUACCUCUUCAAAUGCCCCCAGAGUGUGAAAGGCCGGAAUGAUACAUUUUACUUAACUCCGGAGCCGGUGGUAGCCCCUAACAGCCCGAUCUGGUAUUCCAUCCAGCCAAUCAGCAGAGAGCAGAUGGAGCAGAUGCUCGCUCGGAUCCUGGUGAUACGAGAGAUUCAGGAAGCUAUUGCUGUAGCUAAUGCCAGCACCAUGCACUAAGGCAUCCUUCCCAGCUCAGAAGGGGGUGGGGUGGGGCAGUGCGGUGGGGGGGAUGAUGAGCAACGAUAAAUUGUACAGACUUUUACACUAAAGGAGAUGCCUACGUUUUGUUUUUUAUUGGUGUAGUUAUGAAGCCCUUUUAGGCUUCUUCUGUUUAAAAGGAAAACCUACCAAUGUGUAUCCUACCAAACACACUGAGCUGUUAGAACCAUUGGAGGCUGCAUUUCUCUGCCAGCUCAGAGCUGUUGAAACUGCUGGUUGACUUUGGUUUUUUAUGAUGUAGAAAACAGAACAUGAGCUAUGGGAUUGGCCUGGAUGGCUGGGGCCUCUGACGCCUCCUCAGAGUAUGUGCAGCCUGGAGAGUGCAGAAUGAUGGAUGGACCUGCUCAGCCAGCCAAGGAGAGGCAGGUGUCUCUCCUUUGUGCUCAGACAUUAAUUUGCUGUUGUCCUGGAAGGAGGAGGAGAGAGUGAACUGCAAUUAUGAUUUCUAAAAAACAAUUUCUAUUCAGACCUUUAAGUGACAUUUUUAGAUGUUAAAAGUAAAAAAAAAACAAAACAAAAAAAACAAAACAAAAAAAAAACUUUACCACACUUCUUUUUUUGGCCUGACAUUGAGGCCUUAAACUUGAGGCUCCUGUGCCUGAUGGAGUUCUUGUACCAUACACUUGUGUAUCAUAUAAAGAUACCACCCUGUUUCUCUUAUGUAUUCUUACUCUAGUUGUUUAUUAAGAAUGACGAGCACGUCUUUUCAACAUGCCAUUGAACAGUGUGUCUUUAUUUGGGGAAGAGCGCAAGAGCUGCAAGAGGGAGCAUUUUAAAAAGAUCAGUGUAAUUGGAUUGUUCUCAUCUCCCCCACAUAUGCUUUUCAGUGUGAUUUCCCCUGGACCCUUUUUCUCUUUCCCACAACUCCAAACUUUGAAGGUCUGAAGGAAUUCACUCCUGUUAGGGUGUCCACGUCCUCCUUUAGUGUUGCACAUUGUGUCAGCCUUUUUCUUCAGUGUAAUAACUCACUGUUGAGAGAAACCAGUUUGCUGAUAGAACUUCAAGUGUCCAGCUAGGAAUGUGGGAUUUGCUAUUGCACCAAAUCAGCUUAUUGGUCCAUCCAGACCAGUGUCCUGUCUGCAGCAGAGGCCAGUAUGUGGGGCUUCAGGCACAGGCAACACCUCCCCCAGCCCCAAAACACCUGACCGGUGGCUAGAGGUUGGGGGCAAAAAUGCUUUUCAGGCUGUACGGAUGGCUGGCUCGCAUAUCUGUAUCGUAGUUGUAUAGUUUCAAGAGUUGUCAGGGGUCAUAAUUCUUUUUUAAAUCAGACCCAUGGUGCCUGCCUCACUGCAUCUUCAAUGGCUGCUGUAUUUUGACAUCACGUUUCUGGUGGCUUCCAAAGAGAAUAGAUUGUCCGCUGUGCUUGAAAUCAGAGCUCACUCUAGUGAGGCUUGAGGUUAUUGAGCUACCAGCUUCUUGGACAUGAAGAGGUGAUGCUGCUUGAAUCUGCCUUCCCCUCUUCUUCCUCUGUUGCAGUCCUGUAAAUGGAAGCUCCUCCAUUACUGUACAAGAGAGUCUUAAGGCUUCCAUUUGUCGCCUCCCUGUUUACAUUUGCAAGUAAGGUGUGUCAUCCCUCUGAUCUGUACUUGUGCACCAAGGAUAGAAUAUACCCCUAAAUCAGGACUGUCCAUAAUGUUACCGGCCCGUGUGCCCUCCUGUUUGAUGUGGAGGUAUGCCUGGUGAUGACUUCCGGUCCUAGCUUGUGAUACUUGAGCUUGAUGGAAGGCUCCUUGCAUCAAACGGUCAGAAUGCAGAUAUGCCUGAGAAUAUGAAAAUGAGGAGGGAUUUGCUCCUGAAGAGAACUUUUUAAAAGCAUAAUUUGGUAAGAAAUGUUUGGGUAACUGCUGCAGGAAGUCGUGCAUCCCCUGUGCAGUGGGUUUGAUGCUCCCUCUGUUCCUUACUGACAUCAACACCCAGAGAGGUGAUCUAAGGAAAGUCCACUGAGUUAGCUCAAUGACUGCCUAGUUGGUGGUGGUAUCUGGCUGAAACUCUAGUCCCUCUAGAGCAGGAAAAGAGAAUGGGGAUAGGUGGAGUGUAAAGCUGCCAUCAUACCCUCAGCUAAGUGCAGCAAUUGGGAGUAUCAGCAGCACUUUCCCUCUGGCAGGGAGGUGUCAGUGUUGGUGACACUUCUUGGUUUGGCUACUAUCAGAUGCUAUAACCCUGUCACUGUGUUCCAAUGACUGCAGUAUUCUCCAGGCUCCAGUUUGAUUAUUCAAGGACAUAGUUAUGGGCUAGGUAGCCAUUGCUCUGUUCAAGGGAGUAGCGAUGUGCACGUUGUGCUAAGGGUGUCUGGGCCUGCAUGGAGCUGAUCACUUGGGUAAACAGCUGUCCUGAAUGUUGGAUUUGAGAGGGGAGCAUCCUGCCUUCCGCACAGAAAGCAAGUGACCCUGAGGAAUAAGUAUGUGUAGGCUAAACAGCCAUACUCAAGUCACUGUGCCCUGGAAUGCUGCAUAGGAAACUAAAUCCAGCCUUCCCAGAGGUCGGAGUGUGCCCAUCUGCUGUUAGUUAAAUCUGAGAGCAAUAUGAAAAUGGAAGCUGACUGGCUAUUCUUUCCUCCGCCAAGUACUAAGUUGAUGAAGUUUGAUAUAUGGCUUCACAUAACAUUUUUGUGUAAGUAUAAACUUGUCAGAGCUUGAAACAAUUUGGCAGACAGAUGAGACCCAGCAAUGGAGUAACAAGGGAUGUUGCAGGUUAGGACUGAGUUGAGGUACACUGGCAGAACUAUGUGGUCAAGCUGUAUGCCAUGUUGCUUAAAAUUAUACUUGAUUCUAAUGUAUUUAUUACUGUUCACUUGCUACUGUAAAGAGCAAAUGAAUCAAAAAAUGUACCUGAUGAAGAGUCAAGUAAUUCUUUAGGAUCUCCACUCAGCCUGGAGAAGCACAACUCACUGUAAUGGUAUCGGGAGUUUAGUAGGAACAGAUGGCCACAUAAACCCCUAAAUCUUUAUUGGGUUUGCCUGAGCAAACGGUCUGAGGAUUUUCCAUCCCUGUCCUCUCUUUUUGAUUUUCUCCUGUGUAUGGAAGAUGAAGGUAUUGACUUGAAGAUGUAUAGUGUUCUCUACUGUCUGGUAUCAAAAUGUCUUAUACCAGUUUCAUUUCUUAGGAGACUGUCCAAUAUACUGUGCUUUCAGAUGACUCCACAGAACUUGUUUCUAGUCUGCACAGAACUUGUUUCUAGUCUGCAUAGCUCUAUGAAACCAGCUUAACAUGUCUACAGUAUUUCUGGAGUUUAAACUCUGUACCCUCUGAUAGUGAAGAGUGAUCCAAACUUUCCUUUCUAGAAAGGUCACCCUAAAGCCUUAUUUUUAAGGACUCCUGGAAGGAACUCCACUCAGAUUAGGCAACAGUGCUCUAUUGGCCUAGGAUCUUACCGAAAUCAUUGGCAAAUCUGCUCCUAGUUAAAUGAUGUAAAAUAGCUCUUUUUAGCAUGGUUUUCUGUAUCCAGUUUGUUUCCACUCUCUCUGUUUGAGUUUCAGUGAUGGACAUUCCACCUAACACCUCUUGAGUACCAAACAUCUUGCUGUUGUACAUAUUUAACCCAGAAUUCACUCCCUUCCUUUGCCUUGUAUGUGCAACUGAUACAGGGUUAGCCUUGUCUGUUGUAUCUCAGCUUGGUUAGUUAUUUAGUCUGAGGCCCCCCCUACAUUUUUUUUAAUUGUUCUGUGCCCAUCUUGUCUCCACAGAAAGUGUAGCAAGAUUCAACGUGGCUGCUUUGUGAAGCUUCUUGUGUUCUGACCUCCAUGUAUUGUCCUAUCUCUCAUGAAAUUGCAAUAUAACUGCUCUCCUACAGGAAACUUAGUCUGUUACACAGACUAGGUGUCCACUGUGCCAUCAUAUCCUUAUUUCCUUUUUUUGGAGGUGAUGGUCACUACUGUAAAAUUGGAAUGACCAAAGUGGUGGAGACAGCCUGUGGCAAACAAUCAUCCCCUGGCCCCUUGCUGCAGGGGGAGGGAAGAAGAGGACAAUCUAAGUGUAACUUAAUAUAGUUCUUUUUUUUUUUUUUAAUUUCUUGAUUCCUAGACUCUUGUGUUUCUCGGAGGAGGUAGUCUCCUGUAUAUCUGAAGCUGUUUCCCAAGCAUGCUGCUUUUGACCUGAUUAGUUGUGUGAGCUAAAACAUCCAUUUUAGGAUCCAGAACCUGAAAGUGACCCUAAACAGGAGUCCUCCUUUGCACCAAUCCUCACAGGGUGGAAAUGAGAGGGAUUGCUCUGACCUAGGAGAGAACAAGUCCAUUUGCCUUGGUCAAUGUGGAAUUGAGCAAAAGCUGUGUCCACCAUCCCAAGUUCUCUGUCGCUAAAUAAAAGAAAGGUGACAGUGCCUGAGAAGAGCCCUUUCCUGUCUGUGUGGGUUUUCCUGUGAACGUUCUCACUACCCUUCUGUUUGCUGGACUGUCUUAGGGGUUGCAUGAUGGCUGCAUACUAGGUGUAACCUGUUGAAUAAUGAAAUGGUUAAUCUUAAUGUUCUGACUCUUACAUCACUGUUAAAAUGGGAUAGAAACUGCUACAGCCUCUAAUGUGGGGCCCUUCUCCCAGCCACACAUCCUGAGCUGCUAGAUUCCAACAGCAGCUUAUAGAGAUUUUUCCUUCCCCAGAUAUUUUAAGGAAUGCUCCUUGCCCUGUCAUUUCAGCCUGCUUUGUUUCAUUGGAGCCAAUGCACAGAAAACAUCCAAGCUACUGCUGGCCACACUAACAAGCACCUUCCUACUGUAAGGAGCAUCUCAAACCCUGUUCCAGGAAGGGAUGAUUAAUGUACUGGGAGUGGGGGAUAUUAAGCUGCUAAAAGACAUGUGAUGCAAUGGGUGUGGCACUCUGCCCACCACUCCCUUCCUCCAGUGUGGCUCUGGCACAGCUUGGCACUGCAGUAGACGUUUUUCCCCGGGUGGCUCUGUGCACAGCAGCCACGUUUCCAGUUGCCUGCUUCCAUCUGUUCUUGCUACUGAGUUAGUCAGGAGGGGUAGGGCAGGGCAGGACUGAAUAAAGCAUAAAGUAGAAAUAAAUUGGAUCUUGGCCUCUGAGGGAAUGUAAGAAAAUAACACAUCCCCUACCCACCCUGUAUCUCAGUAAGGCUGGUACUAGUUGCAGCCCAGAUCCUCCCUUGGUAAUGGUGCAGCCUGCAUGCCAGAAAUGUCUCGUCCAUCCUCCCCUGUCAAAUCCUAGUCUGAACAGCAUAUGUCAUUGCCAUCCCGCAAAGUGACCUUCCAGCUCGCCAGUAGCUUUUGCCCCGUGAGUUACUCACACUGCAAAUCAUUUUAAAGAGAUGAACUCAAAUAUUUUUUUAAUUUAACUUUACUCUUAUACCCUCUGAUCUUUGUAAUCCCCUUGGAAAUGAAAUGUCUUUCCCUGCAGCCUUUGUAGUCUGUUUGACAACCAUUAAACCUUGCCUUGUGUUUCUAAUGGAA